AUGGAUGCGACCAGCGUCAAAAUAACCACUUCGAUUCUUAGUGUGGUUGCGACUUUGGCGGUUGGAGGAAGGUUUUGGGCAAGGAGGAUCAAGAAACAACACUAUGGGUUGGAUGAUUGGACUGUGUUGGCCAGCUUGGUCGUGAUGUGGGCGUUGGCUGCAGUCAUUCUUGCAGGAGCUGUAGUAGGCUUAUACCAUAGCCACGAUGUGGACACAACGUCAGCUGGUCAGCUCGAGACAACAGGUCGAGAGCAGUUGAUCUCGAAGUAUAACUUCGUCAAAUGCAUUCUCCUUAUAGCGGGAAUAGGGCUGGUCAAGCUCAGCGUCGUCUUCCUCUACCGUCGCAUCUUUAAUGUCGUCCGGACAUUCAAGAUUUACUCCCUCACCCUUAUCGUCUUGCUAGCAGGGUGGACUGUCGCUUUUUUGUUCGCCAACAUCUUCCAGUGCAGUGUCCAUAUCUCGGCGCUGUGGGGCAGUGCAGAAGGCAUAUUGCGUUACUGCAAGACUUCUGGCCCCGCAUCGUAUGGCUUCGUAGUGUCGGAUAUCAUCACCGAUGUUUUGGUUUUGGUGUCGCCGGUCCCGAUUGUCUGGCACAUGAAAGUGUCGACGGGGAGGAAGCUCGGCAUCACUGGAAUCUUUGGACUGGGCCUACUGUCGACAGCAGCUGCCUGCGGACGUUUGUCCACUUUUCUCAAGGCUCUUCACAGUGAGUUACUCCCAAUUUCAAGACUUCCACGCGCUGAUGCCGAACUGGCGAUAUGGGCGGUAAUCGAACUAUCAGUUGCAGUCGUUGCAGCCUGCCUUCCAGUGAUGCGACCCCUCUUCCAAAGCCAUGGUCUAGGUGGUUUUGUAACCUCAGUGCGGUCAGGGUCAAUUCACCGUUCGAGGCAGAAAGAACAGCCUUCGUGGAUGGAAAUAAACGAUGUCUAG